AUGACAGAAAAGUUACUAAAUGCCCCUCCAUUUGUCCAUCCAAUGAAGAAAGAUGCUGUGGAAAGUAGUAAGGUUGGUAAAGUCGAAGAUAUCAAUGAUCAGUACCCUCCUGUCCGAACCUUGGCAGGCGUGAUGUUGGCGCUCUACCUCUGCAUGUUUCUCGUCGCUCUUGAUCGAAUCAUUAUUUCCACGGCAAUUCCAAAAAUCACGGACGAGUUCAAAUCCAUUGCGGACAUCGGAUGGUAUGGGAGUGCCUAUGUUCUCACCGGCUGUGUGACUCAGCUUGCAUUUGCGAGGCUAUACGUGUUUUACAACAACAAGACUGUUUUUCUUUCCGCUGUCAUGUUAUUUGAAAUCGGCUCGGUUAUAUGCGGUGCAGCUCGCAGUUCAAUUGCUUUCAUCCUCGGCCGAGCAAUUGCUGGAUGUGGCGCUGCUGGUGUGUUCUCCGGCGUCAUCAUCAUCAUGAUUCCCCUUGUGCCUCUCGCAAAGCGGCCAAUGUACCAAGGAAUGCUUGGUGCCAUCUUUGGCAUUUCUAGUGUUAUCGGUCCUCUGGUUGGCGGGGCCUUUACAAGUAAUGAGCACCUGACUUGGCGCUGGUGCUUUUUCAUCAAUCUUCCGAUUGGGGCGAUUGCCAUGCUUCUCGUGCUAUGGAUGCUGCGUCUGUCCCCGCCAGACAAAUCAACUCUGUCUUUGAAGGAAAAGAUGAUUCGAAUGGAUCCUCUGGGUAAUCUCCUCUUUGCACCGGCAAUCGUCUGUCUCCUCCUUGCUCUCCAAUGGGCUGGCAGCACCUACGAAUGGCAAGACGGCAAGAUUAUUGCGCUGUUUGUAUUGUUUGGAGUCUUUUUGGCUGCGUGGGUGGGAAGCCAAGCAUACGCUGGAAAGAAUGCUACAGUACCGCCUCAUGUAUUCAUGCAACGGUCCAUUAUGGCUGGUAUGUGGUUCUCAGCUUGCAUUGGUGGCGUCAUGUUGUCCAUGGGCUACUAUCUGCCAAUUUGGUUUCAAGCAAUUGAUGACGUUGAUGCCCUACAAAGCGGUAUCCGAGGUAUUCCAUUUGUUACAGCGCUCGUUAUAUCCAGCAUUGUAGCUGGCAUCUUUGUCAGCAAGGUCGGCUACUACUCUCCAUGUAUCAUUCUUUGCUCUGUUAUCAUGUCUGCAGGUGCAGGUAUGAUGACUACUUUGCGCGUCAACAGUGGCAAUGCAGAAUGGAUCGGCUAUCAAGUUCUUGCUGGUCUAGGCAUGGGGUUGGGCAUGCAACUGUCAGGUUUGGCAGCCCAAGUUGUGUUGGCUGCGGAAGAUGUCCCUGUCGGGGCAUCUCUCAUGAUCUUCUCGCAACAGCUUGGCAGCUCCAUAUUUGUCUGCGUAGCGCAAAACGUAUUCUUGCAGCAGCUUGUUUCAAACCUUACCAAAAUCCUUGGUACAAAGGCAGCUAGUUUGCUCUCAAAGGUUGGAGCGACGGAUAUUCGAACCUAUGUCCCCCCGAGCCUCUUACCUACGGUCCUGGAACAAUACAACAAGAGUAUUGUCACAACAUUUUAUGUUGGUGUUGGCGUAUCAUGCAUGAGUAUUAUUCCUGCUUUGACUUUUGAGUGGAAGAGCGUCAAGGGUUUGAAGGGAGGUCCUCAUACAGAGCAAGUUAAGACUGGAACUCGUGUUCUGGUCAAAGGCAGACGGGACGCAGGCAAAUAG